UCCUGAAACAAUUGAUUGCAGUCAUAAACUGCAUACUUUAUUGUGUCAUACAUCCACAGAGCACAUUUUGUUAUACCACUCCUACUCUUUAAGCUAGAGUUAUAUUCUUUUUUAGACAACACAUUAGGAUGGAGCGAGUACACAACAAGUAUACAACCAGCUCCAAUUUUUUUAGGGGAUUAUACAACCGGCUCCCUCUUCUUCUUCUUCUUCUUCCUUUUUUUUUUUUUUUUUUUUUUUUGAGAAUCAUACAACCGGCUCCUGGCAACUGGCAUCGCAUUCCCAACGGCAGGCCAAUCUCAGUAAGCCCAAGUGCGCCCGGCCCAACAAAAAAGAAACCUGGAGGCCCCAUACGAGCCAAGCCCACAGAAAAUAUGCCCACUAGUUGAACCCAAGUUCCUCGCGAGAGGGCAACUCACCGGCACCGCUUGCGUCGUGUUCACUCGCCACCGCGACGCGUCCCGGGCAGCGCCGACGCCAUGCUCAUGGCCGGCAGCACGCGUCGGUGGAGCUGGAGCCCCGGCGCCCGCGCCUUCUCCACGGAUCCGGCCACGCGGGCCACCGUGCCGCUGGCGCACCUGGCCCCGCUUCCGGCGUCGCUGCCGGAGUCCGGCUACACCGUCACGCCGCCGGUGCAGCCCUGGCCGCGCCGCCUCACGGCGCGGUCGCUGUCCCGGCUCCUCCUCCGCGCGGCCACGCCCGACGACGCGGUCCUCGCCCUCCGCCACGCGCUCUUCCACGCCGCGCCUCCGCUGCCGCCCUCGCUCCCCGUCUUCGCCGCGGCGCUCUCCCGCCUCUCCCACGCCGACGUCGGCGCCGGCGCCGCGGCCCGCCACCUGGCCCCCGUCCUCUCCCUGCUCCGCGCGUCCCGCCUCCCGGCCUUCUCCGACCGCCCGUUCCUGCCGCUCCUCCGCGCGCUCCGCCCGCUCCCGUCCCUCCGCCUCUUCCUCUCCCUCCCGUCCUUCAACUCCCGCCCUUCCACCCGCUCCUUCAACGCGCUCCUCCACUCGCUCGUCUCCGCGCGCCGCCUCCGCCUCGCCGCCGCGCUCUUCCGUGCCGCGCCAACCAAGCUUUACAUCACGCCCAACCUCGUCUCCUGCAACAUCCUGCUCAAGGGUCUAGUGGGCAUGGGUGACCUCGACGCUGCGCUCAAGGUGCUCGACGAGAUGACUGGCUGGGGGAUCGUUCCGGAUGUCGUCACGUACACCACGGUUCUCACUGCAUACUGCGCCAAAGGGGAUCUGGAGGGUGCACAGCAGCUCUUUGAUGAUAUUGUUGCCAGUGGGCGUAGGCCGGAUGCUACUAUGUACACGGUGCUCGUAGAUGGGUACUGCCACCGUGGGAAGUUGCAAGAUGCAGCAAGGAUCAUGGAUGAGAUGGAAGCUGCUGGGGUGAAGCCAAACGAGGUUACAUACUCUGUGGUGAUCGAAGCAUGCUGCAAGGAGGGAAAAUCCAUCGAGGCGUGUGAUUUGACAAGGGAGAUGCUAGGGGCAGGAUAUGUACCGGACACACCACUGUGUGCUAAGGUGGUUGAUGUGUUAUGCCAGGAUGGAAAGGCAGGAGAGGCGAAUGAGAUAUGGAGACAGAUGGUGAAGAAGAGCGUCCCACCAGAUAACACUGUCGUGAGCACAUUGAUCUACUGGUUAUGCAAGAAUGGAAUGGUUCAGGAGGCGAGAGGGCUGUUCGAUGAGCUCGAGAGGGGGUUUGUGCCAAGCUUGCUGACGUAUAACUCGCUUAUUAUAGGAUUAUGUGAGAAUGGAGAGUUACAGGAGGCUGGUAGGGUCUGGGAUGACAUGGUUGAACGGCGGUAUGAACCAAAUGCAAUGACUUAUGAAGCCUUGAUCAAGGGUUUCUGCAAAAUAGGCAAGUCAAAUGAAGGUUAUGCGCUAUUUAAGGAGAUGGUGGCCAAAGGGUGCACUCCAAGCAAGUUUCUUUAUCAAGCAUUGGUUGAUAGCCUUUCUGAGCCAAGUCACGAUGAUACUGUUUGGACUAUCGUUGAAGCUGUAGCUUUAAGUGGUCAGGAUUUCUUGGAUGGUCAAUUAUGGGAAAUAUUUAUCAGAAAAGUGGUAGAUACAAAUGAAACUUGGAAAAAGAAACUUGAUUUGGUGCUAAAUAUGUAGCCACAAAGAAUCAGAUUAUAGCUGGAAGAUUGGAACUUCUAAUUUUUUUC